AUGAAGACCGUCGCCACCAUCGCCGCCUUGGCCGCCAUGGCCAACGCCCACGCCACUUUCCAACAGCUCUGGAAGAAUGGAAAGGAUCUUGAGAGCACCUGCGCCAGGCUGCCUUCCACCAACAGCCCCAUCGAGGACUACACCAGCAAGGCUCUUCAGUGCAACGUCAGCCCUGCUGCCGCAAAGGGAAAGUGUGCUUUCGCAGCUGGUGACACAGUUACUAUUGAAAUGCACCAGCAGUUCAACAGCCGUGACUGCAAGACCGAGGCCAUUGGUGGUGCUCACUGGGGACCCGUCCUUGCCUACCUGUCCAAGGUUGAAGAUGCCGCCACUGCCGAUGGUUCCAGCGAGUUCUUUAAGAUCUACGAGAACACCUGGGCCAAGAACCCAGCCGCGUCUCAGGGAGACAACGACUUCUGGGGUACCAAGGACCUCAACUACAACUGCGGAAAGCUCGACUUCACCAUCCCCAAGGACCUCGCCGCUGGUGACUACCUCCUCCGCGCUGAGGCUAUUGCGCUUCACGCUGCUGGCCCUGCUGGUGGUGCUCAGCACUACGUCACUUGCUACCAGCUUACUGUUACUGGUAGCGGUACUCUCGCGCCCAAGGGUGUCACAUUCCCUGAGGCCUACAGCAAGACUGGCCCAGGUCUUGGUUUCUCUAUCCACGCCAACCUUGACUCUUACCCUGCCCCUGGUCCUAAGCUGAUUGCUGGCGGUACCAAGGCCACCCCCUCCCUCCUGACCUUUGGCACCCUUUCUGGUGCCCCUGCUCCUGAGGCUGGUGCUCCUGCUGAUGACGAGACUCCUGUCGCUUCCGCUUCGUCUGCUGCCGCUUCCACUCCUGCUGCCACUCCUAGCAGCCCCGCCGAGGAUGCUGAGCCCUCUGCUACCCCUGCUGAGACUCCCGCCCCUGUUGUUCCCUCUCCUGCUGCCCCCUUCCCUAUCAGCAACGGCACUUCUUCUGCUCUCCCUGUCGUUACCUCUUCCAGCGCCGUCGCCUCUACCACCUUGGCCACCGCUGUCCGCCCAACCCCUACCGGCGAUGCUAGCGGUGAUGCUAGCGGCUCUGUUAAGGAAUACUACCAGUGUGGCGGCAUGAACUACAAGGGUGCGACUGAAUGUGCCGAGGGCCUUGAGUGCAAGCAGUGGAACCCCUACUACUUCCAGUGCGUCAAGUCUGGAUCCAGCAACGGUUCCCAGCCUCCCCCAUCCAACAACGCUCCUUCCACCGGCGCUCCCUCUACCGGUGCUCCUUCAACUGGCGCUCCCUCCACCGGCGCCCCAUCUGACAACGGCCCCUCCGACAACACCCCAGCCCCCAAGCCCGAGCCCACCAACGUCACCCCCGAGGCCGCUCCUUCCGCCGCUCCUUCCGCCCCCGCCGCUGGCGCUGGUGAGAAGAAGUACACCCUCGAGACCUUUAUUGCCUUCCUUGAGGAGGAGGCUGGUGCCGAGAAGGCGGCCAAGAUCCGCCGUAUGAUUGAGGCUCUUCUCUAA